CACAUGACAAGCUGAAAACAUGGCGCUGGCUACUGCGGACUGGAAUCCCUUAGGGGAAGUCUUUUACAGGAAAACAGAGCUGUAUCAGAUGGAAUGGAUGCAGGACUUGUACAAGUAUAAUGUUGCCACAGCACCGUAUGGAGGUCCUAUAGCCCUGAUCCAGGAUGAGAGUAAAUUAGUAGCCAAAGUGCAAGGAAACAUCAAACCCACAGUAUAUAUCUAUUCUGCUGCUGGAAGAGAAAUAACCAGGUUCACUUGGAACAGUGGUCAUGUUAUUCAGCUUGGUUGGUCAAACACUGAAGAUCUUCUCUGCGUACAGGAUGAUGGCGGUGUACUGGUCUAUGACAUAUUUGGCAAUUUUAAGAGAACCUUCAGCCUGGGAACAGAGGUCAAGGACACCAAGGUGCUGGAAGUGAAGAUAUUCCAGACAGCCAAUACUACGGGGAUUGCUGUACUGACCAGCACAUACAGGAUAUUUGUAUGUAAUAAUAUUGAAGAUCCCAGAGUAAGAAGACUGGCUGAGGUGCCAGGUCUCCAGGCUCCCCCCAGUAGUUGGGCCAUCAUUAACCAGGACAGACAGACCAGAGCUCUGGUGGCAAAGGAGAACGAAUUGUUUUUACUGGACCACGGAGGACAGUAUCAGCAGCAGACUGUAGAUGUGAGUAUCCCAGUGGAGUCAUUUAUAGAGAUGUCAGUGUCCUUCAAUAAUAAAUACCUGGCACUGUUCACAAACACAGGACUCCUGUGGAUCGGCUCGGCUGAUUUACAGAAAGUUUACUGUGAAUUUAAUACUAAAAGUGCAGUGAGACCCACACAACUUUGUUGGUGUGGUACAGGCUCCAUAGUAAGUUACUGGGCAGAGCUUAACCUGCUCCUGAUGGUAGGACCUUCUAAAGAUUGGGUGAAAUACAGCUAUGAUACUCCAGUGACUUUGGUGCAGGAAAUAGAUGGGCUCAGAAUCAUAGGGAAUGAUACACAUGAAUUUUUACAGAGAGUUCCACCUGUUGUUGAGGAAAUCUUCAAGAUUGGUUCUAUGGCUCCUGGUGCCAUGUUAUAUGAAGCUUCUAGGGAGUUUGGGAAAGGAAGUCAGCGAGCAGACGAAUACAUCAGAAUGAUCAAAGACAAGUUGGACUUGGCUGUUGAACAAUGUAUAGAGGGCGCUGGUUAUGAGUAUGAGCCCAAGAGUCAGAAGGCACUGCUUAGAGCGGCGUCAUUUGGAAAAUGUUUCCUGACAGACGUGAGACCAGAAACCUUUGUGAACAUGUGUCAGAUGCUGAGAGUUCUCAAUGCAGUUCGUGAUUACACUGUGGGCCUGCCUUUAACCUACACACAAUUGCAAUCACUGACCUUACCGGUGCUAAUAGACAGACUGGUGGUGCGGCGCCACUACCCCCUGGCAGUGAGGAUUUGUCAGUAUCUCAAGAUACCUGAGGCAGAUGGCGCCAGUCGUAUCAUGGCGCACUGGGCUUGUUAUAAGGUUGAACAAACUGGAGUUGAGGAUGAGGCCAUUGCGCGUUCUAUAUCUCAGAAGUUGGGCGACACUCCAGGUGUUUCGUAUUCUGAAAUUGCUAAUAAAGCUUUGGAUGUGGGCAGACCUGAGCUGGCAACAAGGCUGUUGGACUAUGAACCCCGGGCUGCAGAGCAGGUUCCCUUGCUGAUGAAGAUGAAGAAAGAACAACUUGCCUUGUCUAAGGCAAUAGAGAGCGGAGACACAGACUUGAUGUAUAUGGUGAUACUGAACCUCAAGGAGAAGAUGAGUUUAGGAGAUUUCUACAUGACCAUCAGGAACAUGCCAGUGGCACAUGCUUUAUAUUUACAGUAUUGUCGCCAGGAGAACCUGAAGAACCUGCAAGAUCUGUAUUACCAGGAGGACAAUUUCCAGGAAGAGGGGGACUGCAGGGUCAAAGAGUGCUACACAGAGGAGCGACUAGAGUCCCGCAUAGACUGCCUAAUGGCCGCCAUGGAGUGCUAUAAUAAAGCCAGAAAUGAGUGGGCAGCUAAGGUGACAGAGGAACAAGUAAAACUUCUAAAAUACCAGCGUAAGAUGGAGGAGGAGCUGAACAAACCGUAUCUGAACUUGUCCCUACAUCGCACUAUGUACCAGUUGGUGAAGGAGAACAACCACAAGUUAGCCGAGACACUGAAGAAGGAAUUUAAGGUUCCAGAUAGGAGAUUCUGGUGGUUAAAGAUCCGGGCACUGGCGGAGGCAGGGGAUUGGAUGGAACUCGAUAGGUUUAGCAAAACUAAGAAGUCACCUAUUGGUUAUGAGCCAUUCAUAGAGGUGUGUAUGGAAAAUCACAAUCGUUUCGAGGCCACCAAAUAUCUCACCAGAGUGGCGCCAGAGAACAAAGUCAAGUGUCAUGUUCGAGUGGGUCAGUUGAAGGAAGCAGCUGAGAUAGCAUUUCAACAGAGAAAUGAGGAGGAGCUCAACUUUGUCCUCUCCAAGUGUGGACCAAUGCAUAAGGACGUUGUUACGCAAAUAACGGGCAUGAAAUCACAGCUUGGCGCUAAAAGAUAACAAUAGUGUUUUAUUGGACAAGCGUAUCAAAUUGACCUCAAAACAACAGAAAUGCAGUGCGAAAUUUUCACACUGCAGGGAAAUUUUUAAUGUAUAUGUACCAUGUUGCAUUAUGGGAUACGGUAUGCUCAUCAAGCAAUGUUUCAGUGUUUUUUACCAACCCAUCUUUUGACAAGUGUUGUAUACACAUUGGCGCACAGAUGGUGAAAGAAAAAUUGCAACUAGAAAUGCAUUCCCACACUGAUGAGCCUGUUGAUUGCAUUGUCUCUUGCAGAAUAUCAUCAGUUGAAGACUGUGUUUUAACUAAUGCUGCUAAGUCUUUAUCGUACUUGUGUUGUCAUGGGCACAGGAAAGAUAGACUGUUGCGUAAGGGUGUGAUCAUCUUAAACAAUUCAGUAAGUUGAAUGGGGCUUUUUAUACAGAAGUUAACAGUGACAGUGGCACAAAUGACUUAAUGAUAUCAGAUUUGACAUUGUUGAACAAAUUGUGAACACUGUGUUCCAUUACAGAUCAAAUGAAAAGUUGUGAAUUGCUGGGAUUUACAGCUAACUGUGGUCUACAUGUAUUUCUCUUCCAUACUGGGGGUCUAGCCUACAUAUUUUUGUUUUAACCAAUUUAAAAAAAAAUGUGCAGAUCAACAUCUGAUUGGUUGUCUUUGAAAACAGAUUUUUUUUUUUUUUUUUUUUUGCCUCAAGAAAAAAAUCUGUAGCAUCUGGUUGGUCCAAAAUAAAAUUGCUGUUAUAGCAAACUAGCUUCA